UGGGGGGAGCACAGGGCAGGAGAGGGAGGGAGCUGUGCAGACGCCAUAUAUGGGCACACCAUCGACUCUGCACUGCUAUUGGCUGUGGGCCUUAUGCAGCUGCUUGUCAACAAGAUGGCCUUCCUCCUCCUGCCGUUUUGACACUGAUUAUUUUGGUAUCCCCGAGAACAUACCGUAAAAGCUUGUGUCACUUCUAAAUAGAUAGUGGGAGACCGACUGCUGAGAGUCCUAACAAGGCGUACAGUCAGCCGGACUGUGAUCAGAGAACUGACAGGGACACACACGCCUCGAUAGCAGCCACCACUAGACAAGGUUGAUAACAGAAGUAGCUGCUGGCUAAUGUCGACGUUAGCCAGCCGAGUGAGCUAGCUUAGCUACGUGGACACGGAUAGUUAACUCGUGUCACCUGCAUUUCACCAGACAAACUGGUUUGGUUAGAGGGAAAUACAGCGAGGAAACACUUGUCAUCGACAGUUUGUGAAUCAAAGAGGUUGUCGGUGGAGAUCAACACUGCUAAGGUUGUAUGCCCAGUGCUACCGGUGAACUUAGUGGCAGACGGUGCCUGUCGGGUUGGCACUGUGGCUGGGAGUUGACGAUGAGAGCUCUGGCUCUGGGUGUUUGCUGGCCAGCAUAGAUGCAGAUAUGCCCCGGUGGUCCGCAUCCUGAUGGACCGAGACACCUUCUCCCACAUCCGUCUGUGGUGCCCGCGCCCCUUUGGCACCUACUCCCAGAACAAAGCGAGGAGCCCAGGCUCAGGGGGCAGCAGCGGAGGUGGAGGCGGCGGAGGAGCGGGGUCUCCCUCCCUCUGCAAGGCUGAGCCGUCUCCGGGCGCCAGGAGGACGGUGGACGGAAGUGAAGAUGGAGGGAUGAUAGUCGGGGUGCAGGAGGAGACCGGAGAGGAAGAGGAUGUGGGUUCGGAGAACACACCACCCGAACCCGAACUUGACUCCAGCUCCCUGACGCAGAGCCAAGCCCCUCCGACCUCUUCGGCCCCUCCCUCGCCACCUUCUUCCGGGUCCCAAAUGGAGGAUGGCCGCGUGCUCUUAGACACCUGGUAUGUCAUCAAGCCGGGCAACACCAAGGAGAAGAUUGCCUUCUUCGUUGCACACCAGUUCAGUGGAGCAGGCCAGCCCAGACCCAGCGCCAUGAAGGUCAAAGGCAACUGGGCGACUGAUUGCAGUAAAGCCAAAAGACGAAGACGAUGCUCCUCCUACGACCCUCCGACUCGCUCCCAAGCCUCAGAGCCACACCUCAACCAUGACUCCUCCCUUGCACCUCCUAGCCCCGAUGAGCCACCAUUAGGAGGGGCGAAUGAAACGGACCUCUUGUCUGUGGCAGAGAUGGUUGCCUUGGUUGAGCAGAGGACCGCCAUGGCCCUCCAGGGGAUUGUGGCUGCUCAUGGGAACCAGCACCAGCAGCCCCCCAGCACCACCCACAAUCAGGGCCUUGCACCCCACCAGCACACUCUACUCCGGGGCACGGUGUCGGAUCCCACGCCUAUGGUGUUUGUGUCGGACAGUUCGAAUAGCCAGCCCUCCAAAGAGGCCCAGGAGACAUCGUCAUCGUCUCCCAUCCAGACAGACCAGGAGCUGGAGGAGGAGCAGCAAGAGUCGUGCAGGGUUGCUCAGGCCAUUGCACACUUUGAGUCCCAGAACCUGGAGAACCGGCUCAACCUGGGCACCGGUCCUGGAAUAGACUCUUCCAAUCGAGACAGAGAAAGGGAGCGCAGGAGAGGAGGGGAGUCUGGAAUCGUAACCCCUCCUCCGCCCCCCAGCCACAGUCACGGCGAGGUCAGGAUAGCUUUCAGAGUCUCAAAUCUGGACCCGCGGUCGCAGCUGGAGCCAGCUGGCAGGUCCCGCUGUAUGUUUAUGAGCUGUGGUGGUGGAGGCAACCAGGCAGCAGCCAGGGCCAAAGAGAAAAUCACCUGUGACCUCUACCAGCUCGUCAGCCCCUCUUCAAGAGACCCCAGUAGUCUCCUGCUUGCUGCCACAACUGCUGCCCCCAAACCAGACGGAGACCACCAUCAUGCAGACAGGCCGGCCUGUGGCAGCCCAGACCCAGCUCAGGAGCUUUCCUCUGGGGAGAAGAAAGCUGUGGGCGUGGGGAGGGAGCGAGUGACUGGCUUCCAUGUGGAGGUGGUGGUGACAGGUGCUGUGGACCAAUGUGUGUUUUAUGGCAAGGACAGUACAGAGAAUGUGCAGGAGGAGACUGUGUGUUUUGCUAUGUCUAAUGGGGGAGGGGGUGGUGGGGGCGUAGGCAGCUCCACUGACCCUUCAUCGGACGACCCCCCUCCUGGACAGCUCUUCUUCCUCCAGCCUCCUCGGGGCCCGGAGGAAGAUGUAAAAGGAAUGGGCCCUGGCAGUGGGUCAGGAAUGUGCUCUUUGGACUGUGCCAACAACAAUGGCCCCGGGGCGGGGGUCGCUGUGGGCUCCGGGGAGCGAACAACACGACCGGACUCUCCUAGCGUCGUGGAGGACUGUUCAGACCCCUCGCUGUGUCGCCUCUACCGCCACGUGUCUCACGACUUCUUGGAGAUCCGCUUUCAGAUCCAGCGCCUCCUUGAACCGCGCCAGUACAUGCUGCUGCUGCCCGACCACAUCAUGGUCAACAUCUUCAGCUACCUGCCGACACGCUCCCUGGCGGCCCUCAAGUGCACCUGCCACUACUUCAAGGCGCUGAUUGAGACUUACGGGGUGCGGGCGGUGGAUUCGCGCUGGAAUCAAGACCCUCUGUACAGGGACGACCCCUGCAAGCAGUGUAAGCGGCAAUAUGAGCGCGGGGACGUUUCCUUGUGCCGUUGGCACCCCAAACCUUACCACCACGACCUGCCUUAUGGACGCUCCUACUGGAUGUGCUGCCGGCGCACAGACAAGGACACGCCGGGCUGUCGAGUUGGGCUCCACGACAACAACUGGGUCCAGCAGCCUGCUGACGGCUCUCAGCCUAUCCGCACCAAGAGGGAGGACAGGAGGGAGGAGGCCAGGUAGAGAGGACAGAGUACACCUCACGGAUAACCAACUCUCAUCUCCUCCUCUGUACCACCUCCUUCCUUCCCCUCAUCUCUGAGGAGUACAAGGAGAAAUCAGCACUCCAGGACUGUUUUUUGUUUUUGUUUUUCUUUGCUCCAGCAGUCCUUUCUCAUACUUGCCCUCAGUGGAGGGAGGUUGAGAGGUAAAGAAGGAAGAGAGGUGUGUCACUCUCCUUGCCUUGUUUUUGUUUGUUUUUUCAAGCCCUCCAGAAUCCCCCUCCCUCCACCUCUUAAAAGUGGCACCUUUUAAAAAGUUUGAAUACCAGGGUUGGGGUCCCCUCCUGCUGCUGUCAGUCAGCCCUCUUUCUGCCUCGUAAUCAGUUGGGUUUCUGUCUUAACUCCACACAUGGUUCGUUUGGUGAAUUCACGUUGAAAACUCUGCAGUGUAUUUUGAUUGAGAUUCAUAAAAGUGACGCAUAGAAAUGUAACGCCCUAGAGCCUGCUUUACUGUUCCCCGAUACUUGUUCUGUGGUCUUGUGUCGUUAUCACAAAACUUCCAUGUUAAUAGCUGUACAAUGGUGCUUUUCAAGGAACGAGCCGAGUGGAGGAAUGUUCAGCGUCGCUAUAGAAAUGUGAUUGUAUAAAGCAAACUUGAUUUUCCAUUGUACAAGAUCGCCAUCUGUACCUGUCCCCUGCGCCUGCCAUGCGUUUCUAUUUUUCUGAAUGUGCUGUAACGUAUUAUGUCGAUCAGUCCCCUGAUAAUGCUGCUGAAAUCAUUGCCUGCGUCACUGAUGUUGAUUCUGAAAUAGCCAUACCAUUGGUUGGACGAUGGGCAACAUGUCUCCACGGUCUCAGCUCUGGACGACCGAGGACCUGUUCCCGUCGGCUUUUCUUUUCAGAGUGGACCCUAACCUUGCUGACCAGCCAUAAAGAGGAGCCACCGAGUACUUCCUGGUUUACAGAGAAUUAUGGGAGAUGGACUUAAUUGUUGAUUAAAGACCAGUGGGAUUGAACGGGAUUAAAAAGAGAAACUUGAUGUCACUUUGGAAAGGCCUGAUGUCACUUUGUAUGGUUUGAUUGACUUGCUUGUUUGCCAUUUUUUUGUUUUUAUUGGAGUGUGUGUCAGAGAAUGUUUGCUGUUGUAUUUGCUUUUAUUCUUGAGGACUGUGUUCUCCCUGUAUCAGUCUGUGGGCCUACUCAUACCUUAAAAAAAUACUCCAUCUUUGUUUUAGCCCAGCUCUCUUCCUUCCUUCCUUCCCCCCUCCUCCUCCUCCCUCCUCCGUCCUCCCGAUUCGGCAGAGGGCAGUGUUUUUUGCCAAAGCCGCCAUCUUUGUUGUCGUUUAUGCUUCGAAAAAGCGAGUGAAACCAACUACAACUACACACAGACUGCAGAAAACUCUCUCUCUACACCAGCUUCCAGCCUUAAAAGCCCCCCUACCUCUUUCCCCCCCAACAACUCCCCCACCCCACCCCCAGAGGCAUCAGAUACCUCACAGAUGAUCAUGUGUAAUUGGGAUUUGCACGGGAAGUGGCAAGAUUACAAGACGCUCCGAUAAACUCGAAUCGAGCUCUGAACUGGAUCCACCCACUACUCUUGAGUGUGGAGGACAAACAGUGCCUGGCGACGGCUCUGACUCUUCAUUCUUGGGAAAAUAAACCUCUCUCCCCUCCUCCCCUUUCUUUCUCCCUUGCUUUUACACUCCUCCUCCUCCCCCACCUGCAAGCUGACAGACUGGAAAUUAAAGGACUGAUGUGAUGAAUGAUGCUGAAACUCUGCAUGGAGGUGGGAAGAUGGGUUGGGUAGUAAUGGGAGAACUCUGUAGGUUCCAGACAUGUACAAUGCUAAUGGAAAAUAUCUGCUUAAAUAAAAACAGAAGUGAUGAUUAAAAACUGGAAA